UGGGGAUCUUGGGAGUAUGUGUUGAGGAGCAAACUAAUCCGCUUGCAGAGAGCGCAGCGCGAGUGUUAGCAGGAGAAAGAGAGGGAAAAAAGAGAGAGCGAGAGAAAGAAAGCAGAAGAGUGAAGUUGGUGUGAGCUUGUCGCAGAAUCUACAGCCAGGAUGGACGGGAAACGGUUGAAAGAUUCUCUGAGACAGGACAGACUGUUCCUAACAAACCAGGGAAGUCUUCACGAAACCUUGUUGGACCAGAUCAUUAUUUAUUUGGGGACCUUGGAUCCUCCUGUCCUCAACAGCAUGGAAACCGACCAGCUGAGGAACUACAGAAUGGAGAGGCACGAACGUGCGGCCAUCCUUCUUACUAACCUGCAGUGCAAAGGUGAAGAAAGCUGCAGACAUUUCUACACCGCGUUAGAAAAGUUUGAUUGCUCCGUGUACCAAGAGCUUCCGAGCCGCAGGGAGAGAGGUGAGGAGGUCGAUCUUGUUAAUAAAAUCCCUGCCUCCAAAAGGAAACUGUCCCCGCUCUGCCAACAAGGUGAAGACAUCUACAUAAGGAAGCUGAAGGCUGAUCGUUUGCACUUCAUAACUAGUGGCUGCAUCAACGAGGACAUCCUGACCCAAGUGGUGAACGCACUCCGAGACCCCAGACCUCCCGUGUUCAACAGAGUCGAGGCUGAACAGUUAUUAAACGACGCCAAUGCCCUGUACGGGCGGGUCACUGAGCUGGUGAACGCUUUGCUGAAGAAGGGAGAGAAAGCUUGUCAGCUCUUCUACACUGUCUACGAGAAACUGGAUCCCGUGGUCUACAGAGAGCUGCCGAGUUCCUGA